GAACAUGAAAGAACGAUAUUCAAGAAAAGAGUUUCUAUAAUCAAACAUUUGACGGAUGUAAAUUUGUUGUUGAAAAGAAAUUUGUGAAUUAAAUUUUCUGUGGGAAAUGCCUGAACCUAACACUGUCAACUGGCUGGCUGCACACCGGCCUGACUCCUGCUACUCCGUUUCUCGUAUUAUGAAGAUGACAUACAUCCCUCUGCCCCAAAGCUGAAAUGGACAGUGACGGAAUGGUGGCGGUUGUACGAGGUCUGGGCAACUCCGCCCUGACAGUUACGUUAGUUGACGGAUGUCGACAAUACACUCUGCAGCCUGAGGUUUUAGCCACCAAUGAAACGCGACAAACAUCAGCGCAGUGUCAUGACGCAGUUCGCAGUGACAGCUGUGCCCAAGCCACUGACGGCAGAUAUGCCAGCACAUAUAGGAUGACGCAUUGCCACGUGAACCCAACGUCGCCCCAGAUAGAGGUGACAGAGUUCCCACCACAACGAGCUGAAUUAUGUCCAGGUCAAGGCAAUUUUGAAAUUGGUGGUAACGGCAGUGGUGAGAAGUACCACGCAAAGAAGUCAACCACAUUCAGGGGCGGGAUGAGUUGGCCUGAUAAAGGUUCAGUAUUCGCAUCUCGUCCCUCUGUGCAGCCGGACUCGUUCGCCAGUUCACUUCGGAAAUAUCCGAGUAUGUCUCCGGAGAGGUCUUCAGAGAUUUUGGAGCGAUUAGUCUCUUUUGCACAGAAUAGAAGUGGUAUCAAAUCCAAAUCGUCAUCACCAACGCGCACCGUUGAGUCGGACAGUCAAAACAUCAGUUUGGAAUCUCGAAGGAAACAAAUACCCGACCCUGAAGUUAAUCUUAGGAGACGCACAGAAGAGUCGCCAACAAGAGAUGGCAGAAGAGAAGAGUCGUGGCGAAGAAAUACAUUUUGUAGAAGCCAUGAUAUCAGAUAUUUAAGAGAAGUUACCAAAGCUGUAAGAGAAGGGAUACGAUCGCAUAAUUAUCCAGAAAGAUUGAUUCCAAAACGCGACUCUACCCCGGAAAGAAAAAACGCAAAGACUCGAAAUUCUGUGAAUAUGGAAAUACAAGCCGCAGUACAAAUGGUCUCCCGUGAAGUAAUCACUUUGCCGACCAAAAAGCCAUCUCAAAGAAAUAUAGCGAUAUCACAAACGCCAUCCAUGUCAGACGACCCAGAAGUAUUAACUCUUAGUGAGUCCAGUCCUAAACCAACUCCAAUUUUUCAGGUCGCCAACUACGCCGCAUGUGUACUUACAGCCAAAAAUAAGCACGAUAUUAAACACACCCCCAGUGAUAAGAAUAUAGUAAACAGUAAUAACCCACAUACAAACCCCGAAAGACGAAACAUGUUAAGAUUUAUUCAUGACAUAUUUCACGAUGAAAUUAAGAGAAAGCUUUGGAAUGAAAAGCUUUUAAAAAUAAUACAGAAGCUCAAAAUGCCAAACGGUGAAACAGAGUUGAGGAAACGUAUAUAUAAAAUACUCAAUGAAAGUGAAUUGACGAUUGAAGAGAAACAAUUCUCUAUUGACCACAUCAUCGAAGUUAUGAAGAAUUUAAAUGUUCCUAUCAAAAGAGAUUUCCAAAUAUUUCACGUUCAUGUAGGAAAAUCGAAUAUAAAAGCGUUAGCCGAGUCUUGGGUGACAACUCUGCCCUUGAAAGACGUGUAUUUGGAUCGUAAAUUGGAUAAAAAUAAAAUAAUACAUCACUCAACAAAAGUGUUACUUCGCGAAAUGGAUAAGUUUAAUAAGAUACCUAUUAUUGCUUUGAAAGAUAAUAUAUUAAACGCCUUAUCUGAUAUACCAAUAAAGGUCGACUUCCAUGAAAAGAGUAACUUUUUAACACAAGAAGUCAAUAAGUUCAUUCAACUUAUAGUUGACUCCAAAGAUGAUUCUAUAGAUAGAGAGAUAUUCAAUGUAUCACAAGAAAAGGAAGUUGUUACAAGAAACAAAAAAAUACUACAGUUGAUUGACAAGGAGGUGACCGAUAUAUUUGACAAAUGCAAUUUUUGUAAAAAAUCGCAAAGCGAGCUUUUAAAACUGAAGGUGUUAGACACGAUUGAAAAUACAUUGAACAAUGUUAACAUUGAAAAGCGAAAUUUAAAGCUUAAUAUUUUGGAUAUAUUAAGGAGUGAUGGUAACAUGAAUCAGCGGGAGGCAAACAAUUACACAGAACUCAUUGUUUACCGCCUAAAUACUGUAGUUAAUGAGUACUCAGAAACUCCAAAAUGGGUUAGAACCAUACUAAGAGCCUGUCGUUCAGAUCCAAUAUUGAAAAAGAAUUAUGAUUUAUUUGACGAUUCUAAAUUACAAAACAGUCUUACAGAACUAAUUGUCAAAUGGUUAGAGAGCUUCCAACUGGAAGUACCAAAGCUUAAAGAGAAAGAAUAUAUAAUUAUCGCCGCUAAAGAAUUGUCUAACGCAGUACAAGCGAGGUGCAGGUUUUUACAGAACCACCCACGAAGAGUGUCACCGAAAGCUGAAACCGAAUUUCUUAAAUAUCUAAUUUUGAUAUGGAUUAAUAAAAUGCUUGGUCAUAACAAAGCAGAAGUAUUGAGAAACGCGAAUAUUCUCCUGAACAAUAUACUACAAUGUCAGCAUAAAGUUCUUGUUAAAAUUAUGAAUGCAAAUUCUUGUUCAAAUAUUGUGGAUCUCAAGAAAUCCUUAGAAAUAUCUGAUACAAAUGCAUUACAAUCAUAUCGCCAAGCUUCAAUAAGUAUAGUUAAUUUUGCCAAAACAACUCCUAAAAGCAAGUUCAUUCAAAUUGAAGGCUCCAGUCAAACCUUUAAUGAUUUAAAUACAAACAACUAUUUAGAUUAUUAUGAAGCAUGCGUCGCUAUUUCAAUUGAUAGGAAAUACGUGUACGAAUUUAUGCCCGUACAAUUUAUUUAUAAACAUUACAAUGGUGUCUUUCAAAAUCAUUGCCAAGAUCUCUUAAAGGGAUUGCCGUUAACUGAACAUCUGAUUACCAAAUUAACCCAAAAUGUUGUUAAUAUAAUGUGGAAAGUUUAUUACUCCCUUAUAUCUGACCCAAAAACAAAUAGUGAACAUUUUGAGAUUAUAUUCGAACGGACUUUUGUAGAGUCUAUCAAAUCCGAGGUAUUAAAGCUUGAUUUAAAAGAUGGUUGGACGAAAACACUAUCGGCACACGCUAGAACUAUGUUUCAAUGUGUUUGUAAAGAGCAGAGAAGUUGUAUUCAUAGGAUAACAUAUCUAGAAGUGAUGUAUAGAGAUUUAGGUAUAACAUCAAAAGAUCACGAUAUUUUGCUUAUGAAUGUUCUGGAUAAUUUAAUUUUACUUACCAAAUUCGAAAAAAAAGAUCCGUUUAUAGCAUACAUAUAUAAAGAAAAAAUUAAAGAUUCCUUGACAGCGAUUAUAAAUAAUGUUAAAAAUGUAACUAAAAAGCCAACUGAAUUAGAUUAUAUUCAUGAUAAAGUAUUUGAUAUAUUCGAUAGAAUAGGUCUACAUGGAGAAAGUGUUAGUUAUGAAGCACAAGCAAUUAUCACUAGAAAUCAAUUUAAAGAUUGGUUUAAAACGCUACCACUCAAAUGUAAUACGAAUGAUGUCUUACAAUAUAAACUUAUGACCGUUUUAGCUAAAAACAUUCAUAUAUUAUCAACGAUUGCCGAUAAAGACAUGCAAAAAGAAAUAGAAAAAGAAGUUAUUGGAUUUUUAAACGCCGAAAUAAAUGGAACAGAUGCCUACACAGAUUUUAUCACAAGAAAUGAAAAUUAUACAUUUGGUGUAUAUUUACCAAAAAUAAACGGAACGCGUAAAAUAGAACACGUACGCUUCGCCGAUUCGUGUACCCAGUCCUCCAAGAGUAAUAAAAAAUCGAGUAUUUUAAAGAACAGCAAUAAAUUCAAAGCGCAGUGCUAUUGUAUGAAAGAUAAAUGCAAAUGCUAUGAUUGUGUUAAGAAGGAGAAUGAUAAUAAUAGGAAAAUAAGAGGAAUACCGAAAAUAGAGGCAGUGGCUGUUCAAGUUGAUAUUCCAGUUACCAAAGAAACCAAUACAGAGCACCUGAUUAUUCCUGGUUGCAGUAAGAAUAUUUAAUAAUUGCAUUCAAAGCACAGUGCUGUAUGACAAAUGCAAAUGUCAUGAUUGUGUUCAGAGGGAGAAUGACAAUAGGAAAUAGAUAAAUUGCAGUUACUUAAGAAAACAAUACAGAGCACUUGAUUAUUCCUUGAUUGCAGUUAGAAUAUUGAAUAAUGACAAGCCAACUUAUAUUACUAAUAAAUACUUUGUGAUUUGGACAGUCUUUUACGGGGUUUAUGCUAGCCCAUAUUCAAAUACAUAAUUGUUGAAUACUUUUUUGGUAUAUGUAAUGUUAUCAUUUUGAAUAGUUUUAAAACUGUUUCGAUUUUGUUUUUUAGAAAUAAACAAUACAAUAAU